GGAAUCGGAUAGAAGUUCCGUGCUUACGCUAAUAUGUAUAUACAUAAUUUUUCGUCAAUGGGGAUUUGAAUUUUUUUGGUAAUGCUUUUAAUGUAAAGCCUUCAAUUCAGAGAUGGACAAACUUUGCCGUGUUUGCAUGGACAGUUCCGUUACGUUGGUCGACAUAUUCGCCGAGCGGCAACAACAAUCGAAUAAGGACCCCAGCCUGGCUGAAAUGCUAAAUGAAUUCUGCGAGGUGAAACAGCAAGACAUGCUGCCCCAGCACAUAUGCCUGUCCUGCGUGCUUGCUGCGCAAAAUGCAUAUAAAUUCAAACGCACCUGCGAGGAGAGCAACCGGAAACUGAUCCAGCUGCUACAUAUUAAGGACAGGGAAAAGGCCAAAUGCGCAUUGCCCUUCGUGGAGGCAGUCUAUCAUAAGGAACUGCUGGGGGUCAACUUGAACUGCAUUAAGGUAGAGCCGCAGUAUCAAGACGAAGCCGUUGCCAACGAAAAUAAGCUCUCCUUGAUGGAUGAGAAAUCUGCAGAGCGGGUGCCCCAAAAGAGAUACAUGUCAAAAAGCCCGACCAGGCGCAGACCACAGAGCCAUGGAGAAAGGCCCUACAAGUGCAAAUUCUGCGAGAAAGGAUUCGGACGAUUGUACCUGUUGGGCCUGCACGAGAAGCGCCACACUGGUGAGAAAACGCAUUUCUGUGGCACUUGUGGCAAGGGCUUUCUACGCGGUCACGAUCUGACCAUUCACACUCGUAUUCACACUGGCGAACGUCCGUUCAAGUGUCCGCAUUGCCCGCGAUCUUUUAUACAGAACCACAUCCUUACGGCUCAUAUGCGACACCACCCUAGUAAGGACUUUCGCUGUGAUCACUGUCCCGCUGUUUUUAAACUGCAUUCUCAGCUAAGCCUGCACCAAUCAGUGCCGCACGGUAAACCUAAUAAAUUGGCUAGGAAGCCUGCCGCAAAGCGAGUAGCGCCCAAGAUCAAGAAACAGAAUACAAAGUCUAGCGAGGGGCAAAAAAAACCAAGACCAUUAAAUAUUCUCGAACGUGGAUUACGAAAUGGGUUAGCGCCAGUCUGCUACGAAGAGCUGGACAUAGAAUGUGAAUUGGCAGCCAUGGAGGCAAAGCCGACCAUCGAUCAGGCGCCGCUCAAGCUGAAUUACAAUCCAAAAACGUCCAAGAAUCGUUCAGUACUUAUCCAAGGGCGGCAGAAACACAGCAAGACCAAGAGCGGUAAAGCCGGCAGCGAAAAAUCCCACCGAGGUGCCAAGACUCAUUUCUGCGAGACCUGUGGCAAGGGAUUCCCGCGGCGAUAUGGAUUAAUAACACACAUUCGGGUUCAUACUGGCGAACGUCCGUACAAAUGCCAAUCCUGCGGUUUCGCGUUUACUCAAGGGCAGGCUCUCAAGAGGCACAUACGCAGAGUUCACAGCAGUGGCGUUCAUAAGGAGUUGCGCAACGAUUCCAAAGAUUUGCUGGUGCCAGCAUUAAAACGGGCGAUCGUACGUGUGGCGCGAAUUCAAUUACCACCACACCUAUUGACUGUUAAAUGUGAUGACUGAUUAAAGCGCUGUUAAGAGGCGUUAUUCCAACUGUA